GAGAAGAAGCUUCGACCUGCGAUUAUUUCUGGAUUUUAUGGAUUAAAUUAAACAAACAAAAUGUGAAAAAUAAAACUCCGGAUAAACAACUCGCAUGGUGGAAUCAUAACCGUGGAAGGAAGAGGAAAAGUGCGCCCUGCUCGCGUAAAACUGGUGGAUUUAGCUAAGAUUUGUCACUCGACGUUGAGAAGCAACACUGUUAGCAUAGCAACUGUUAGCAUAGCAACUGUUAGCAUCCACGUUAGCCCGCUAGCCCUUGUUCCCCUGUGAACGACGGCGGCGAGGCGGCGUUAGCUAAUCUCGAGGUGUGUUUGCAUGUUAGCCUUUGGCAUUAGCUAACGGGUUGUAGCGGUUUCACAAUCACAUCUUCUUUUUUAAGGUCCUAACAGCGAUAUAUAAAAAUAUAUAUAUAUAUAAACAAGAGGUGUGGGUGGACUGGUGCGGCAAGCUUUCACGCAGUUUUGUGGACUAUUUUGUUGGAGCUCGGUUUUGUUUAUCGUGGAAGAAAAAACGAACUCAUCCUCCAUUAAACAAAAAAAAGGCUGCUGCUUGUGUGUUAUAAGGACUGAUGCUCUGGAAACCCUGAAGGCCCGCUGCUAAGUUAGCUACAUUAGCUGCUUGCAGUGCGGCGGCCACCGGGGGGGCUUUCCCCACCAAGGACAAUACUCAUGACGGACCUGUCCUCGUUUACAUCCAUGUGACAAGAUUCACACGGUGCUGCAUGGACUUGUCUCGGAUUUGGUGACAUCUUUGUGGCGAUUUAUUGGACUUUAAAAAGAGGGACUGACGAGGCUCACAGCAGCGCCCAUCGAUGGCGCUCUGGCCUCUUUCUCAUCUCCAUAUUAUUUUUCUUUGGCUAAAAACAACAAGGACUCUGUCGUCUUCUGCUGCGAGCCUGAACCCUUCCCUAUCAUAGUCCUCUUUUGUCCACAGUGUUUCAGCGAAUAUAUAUAUAAAAAAGAAGGUUUUACUCAUUAAAGUCACCAGAUUUAGCCUCCUGUGUUCAGUGUUGACGCUGUUUUUAUUUUGUUAUCAUACCAAGGCCUGUGUUUUUUUUCUCUCACUCUCUCUCUUGUUGCUUGAUUGACUUAAAGUGCUUUAGACCUUGUAACUUAAAAAAAAAAAAAAUGUCGUGUGUUCACUAUAAGUUUUCUUCCAAACUGGACUACAACACAGUCACUUUCGAUGGGCUCCAUAUCACCCUCAGUGAGCUUAAAAGGCAGAUUAUGGGCCGGGAGCGCCUCAAGGCCACAGACUGCGACCUGCAGAUCACCAAUGCGCAGACUCGAGAAGAAUACACAGAUGAUGAAGCCCACAUCCCGAAACACUCUUCCGUGAUCGUCCGCCGCACUCCGCUUGGUGGAGUAAAACCCGCUGGCAGGACGUUCAUUGUAGAUCGUUCUGACACAGCUGUGGUGGGAUCGUCUAGACCCACUGAUUCUUCUCCUUCUAUGUCAUUCGCCCAACUGACCAAGACUGCUAACCUUGUUGACGCAAAUGCAUCAGAGGAAGACAAGAUUAAAGCCAUGAUGACUCAGUCGAACCACGAAUAUGACCCGAUACAUUACUCCAAAAAGGCGAUCGGACCUCCACCUGCUCACUACACCUGCUAUCGUUGUGGAAAAGCUGGUCACUAUAUUCGGCAGUGUCCCAUGCUGAUUAUCCAGGAUAAGAGUGUGGAGGCUCCCAAGUCAGUAAGGAUUAGUAAGGGGAUUCCUCAGAGCUUCAUGGUGAAAGCAGAGCCCGGCACUAAGGGAGCCAUGUUAACGAGCACCGGAGAAUACGCCAUACCUGCUAUAGAUGCGGAGGCGUACGCACAAGGAAAGAAGGAGCGUCCUCCGUUUGUUCCUCAUGAUCAAUCGUCCUCCGAGGAUGAUUCAGACCCAAUCCCAGAUGAGCUCCUUUGUCCGAUCUGCAACGACCUGAUGACUGACGCUGUGGUCAUACCCUGCUGUGGAAACAGUUACUGCGAUGAUUGUAUCAGGACCGCCUUGCUGGACUCAGAGGAACACGUCUGCUUUACGUGCAAACAGUCGGAUGUUUCGCCUGAUAAUCUCAUAGCCAACAAGUUCCUCCGACAGGCUGUGAACAACUUUAAGAACGAGACGGGAUACACCAAACACGUGAGGAAGCAGGUCCAACACACAGCCCCACCUCCGCCUCGCCCCCUGUUGGUCAGGCCUCUUCACUCCAGACAGCAAGACCCGCUGAUGGCUAAUAUCUCUCACCCCCCUCCUACAAGUGUACCCACUGCAGCUCCUCAAGUACAGGCAGCGCCCCCCGCACCGGCUGCUGCUGCUGCUACCACCGCUGAUCCUACUCCUCCUCAUGCUGCUGCUGCUGCUGUCGAAGAACACGCAGCCUCACCAGUUCCUGCACCCGUCAUCGACCACCAUUCUCCUAUGCACUCAACCAGCCAGGGUGAACCGCCUCCACCAGGUGAGACCGACCCAGAGCCUAUUGUGAAACCAGAACCAUCUGGUCCCCCUGAUCAUGGACCCUCUGAAAGUGGAUCCCAGGGCUACCAUUUAACUGUCAUUGGCCACCCGCCACCUUUAAGGCCACCUCAUCCAUCAGGCCACCAGGCAAGACCCCACCACUCUCACAGAGGAGGAGGAGGAGGAGGAGGCGGUGGUGGCGGUGGCGGCAGACACUGGGACAGGUCCUACAGAAGUAGAGGAGAGCAUCCUUCCACUCAUCUCCAGAAUGCUCCACCUCCUAUUCCUGCUCCUCCAGUCUAUCCAACACCGUCCAUGUACCCACCACCUCCACAGUCCUACCCCCCUCCGUACGCCUCUGGCCCCGGCCUCAUCCCUCCUCCUCUCAGUUAUCAGCCCCAGCCUGUCUAUGCCCCUGGACCACCGGGACUCAACCCUCCCUGGGUCGCCCCUGGUGCGCAGCCCCCUCUCAUCCCUCUUCCACCCUCCCUCGGUCAGCCCCCCCUCUCAAAAGAAGAUUUCUACCGGCAGCGGCACCACCGUCAGGACAAAGUUACAUCAAAACUGGAUGAAUUUACUAAAGACUUCCACAAAGAGCUUAUGAAGUACAGAAAUGCACCAAAGAGGCGAAGACCGUCUUAUUCCAGGUCCCGCUCAUACAGCCGCUCUCCGUUCAGCCGCUCUCCUUACACUCGCUCUAGAUCCAGAUCCAGAUCUAGAUCCAGAUCAAGAUCACGGUCUUACUCUUAUUCCCCCAGUCGAUCCCGUUCACGCUCUCACGGCCGGUCUUAUCCCCGUUCUCCUUAUUCUCGACGCAACGGGCGCAGUUACGGACGCUCACGAUCGAGAUCCCGCUCUCGUUCAAGGUCUUACGGGUAUCGGCGCUCCGGCUCACCGCGGUCUCCUCCCCCCUUCCGGGGAGGAGGCUGGGAGGGACCAGAAGCAGCAGGACCCUACAGGUCUAGGUCACGGUCUCGCUCACCGGGUGGCUUCCGGAGCCGCAGCCCCGGUGGACGGAAGCCACCUCCUAGAGAGAUAGCGCCAUAUGAACUGAAGGGUCCCAACCCCGCAGGCCAUGAGCGCUGGGAUAGAGAUAGCUACCGACAGUGGGAGAAGGAGUACAGAGACUGGUACAACAAGUACUACAAAGACUACGACGGCCAACAUCCACCGCUGCAUCACAGAGGCCGAGGCAGCCGAGACCGGGAGAGAGACAGAAUGUCCCCGCCAAAUAGAGAUUACUCCCCUCAGGGGCGAGGGAGGAGAGGGAGAGAAGAGAGAGGCGGGCCACCUCACCAUCCUCCAUCAUCUUCCUCAUCAGGAGCAAAGUCCAGCACUAAAGUCCUAAAGACAAAGAAAGUCAAGAAGAAGAAGUCCGGGGACGAGCCUGAGCCGUCACACCAGUCAGUGGACAGAGGGGACGCCACACCCGUCAGAGACGAACCGAUGGACGAGAUCCCCUCGCUUACGAAAACACCUCCUAUCUCCUCAAAGCCUCCAGUUGGCACCGCAACUACUAAGGCUCCAGCCUCUAAAAGCACUGCUGCACCCGUUAAACCGCCGACCAAGUCCACGUCGAAGACUCAGUCUGACAAGACCAAGAAGGACAAAGGUCAAAAGGUCAAAGCCAAAGUAAAAACAGAGGCUGUGAAGGUCAAGAGUGACAAAGUGAAGAAGAAGACAGGAGAAGCAGUGGUGACCAAAAAGAAAGAGUCCUCCUCCUCGUCCUCCUCUGUUGCAAAACCGUUAAAGAUCACCAAAGCCAAACCAGAAGAUGCCCCCAACUCAACUACCCCUAAAAAGGAAAAGAGUAAAAGCUCCACAGCGAGACCACCUCGACCUAAAACCCCUCCACUGUCCUCCCAGAACCUGCCUCUACCUCAUCCCCUCCAUGACGGCCCUCGAUCCAGCCACGACAUGCGAGGGAGGAGAGAUCUUCCUCAGGGCGGUGGUCUCCUUCCCAUCCCCCAUCACCCGCUCCUCCACCUCCCUCCCUCCCCAGGAGACAGUCGGAGGAGGAUGGGAGAGGAGAGCCGUUCCUUACUGGGGCCUCCACCCGGAAAGGUGAGGAGGAUGGAUGGACUCGGGGGUGGAGGUGAUAUCCUCUCGCACUCACACAUCUCCCAUCAGCCUCCACUCCAGAGGCUCACACACCCAUCGGACCGGCCUGGCCUUCUUCCCAUACCAGGGAGCCGCGAGAUGGGCCGGGGAGACCCUGAUCGAGGACCCAUCAGACCUCUCAUGGACCUUCAGGUGAAGCCGCUCAGUCAGACUCAGAGGAGGAUAAAGUUGAACAGAGAGCUGGGGAGAAAAGGCAGCACGGAGACGGCUCCCUCAGAAAGAUCAUCCUCAGGCCCUGAGAAAACGAGCUCUACCUCAGACCGAUCGAGUGCCGCCAACGUCCCAGAAGGAGACCGAGCUAGCAGCACAGCGGAAAGCGCUGGAAGAAAAGAGCGAUCGACCUCUGGCGAGAGAGGAGUCUCCAGAGAGAGACCAGGGAGCGCUGGAGAGAGACUGUCGGGCUCAGACAGAGUGUCGGACAGAAGCUCGGGACUGGACCGAGACCGGGAGAGAACUUCAGGACUCGACAGAGAAAGAGACCGAGACAGAGGUGCAGGGUCUGAAAGAGAGAGGGACCGAGAGAGAGUCUCGGGGUCAAGCUCGCAGAAGGCGUCGGUUACAGUUGAGAGAGAAGCUGAAGGAGAGAGGUUGGGCAGGACGGAAAGAAAGAACUCCAGCAGUAGAAGUGGAGGCGCGAGGUCCGUCUCUCUGGAUAAAAUGACCAUAGCAGAAAAAUGCGCCGUCACCAAGAAGACAGACCCUGAAGAGAAACCAAGCGUGUCCUCUAAGAAAGGAGAGGGGUCAGAAAGAGCUGCUAAAUCUGACAGGAGUGUGUCCAAGGACAGAACAGAGAGGAGCGUCCCCUCAGGAGAGAAACCAGCUGCUCCUCACAGAGAAGCAGUGAAAGAUGCUGAGGUGUCUUCUGUGAAGAGCAAACCCAGGAUCAGUCGAAAGGCUUUGACGAGCCACAGUGUGAGUUCCACCAGCAGUAGGUCAACUCAAGAGAUGAAACAAGACUCAGAAAAAGAGCCCAAAAGCGCGUCCUCCAAACCCACAGAGCAGCCUCUGCCGAGCCCCGUGAACAGCCGUGGCCGCAGCCCCAGCGUCAGCCCGGCUCCCAGCCCUGCCAGAGAGGAGCCGCUCAUUCAAGCACCUCCUCGCUCCAAAUGGGAGCAGGAAGACGAUGAAGAGGGGCAGGAAAAUGGGCUUAGUGCACCUAAAGAGCCCUCACCUGUGCCACAGAGAAGCCGAGGCAGAGAGGGGCAGACCGAAGCACCUAAACAUGUCCGGAGCGAGAGCCGGGAUGCUCCAAGGGAGGAGAGGAGAGGAGUAGUGAGGGAGGAGAAGAAAGGGAGAGUGCCAAGGGAGGAGGGUAAAGGUGGCAGGGCAGCCCAGGCGAAUUCUGACAAACCAACCAAAACUAAAAUCGCGAGGGAUGAGGGGAGAGGUGUCAGAGAAGAAGGGAGAGCUGGAGCAAGAGAGGAAGGAAGAGGGGGACGAGAGGAGGGAAGAGGAGCGCCCGCAAAGGAGGAGAGAGCGGCAGAAAGCAGAGGAGGAGCAGGGCGAGAGGAGAGCCGUGGCCCGGAGCCCAGGAGGCAGCGUCUGUGCUCCGACCUGGGUCGCGAGACCGACGAGGCCGCCUUCGUCCCAGACUACAGCGAAGGAGAAGGCUCAGACACGGAGCGAGGGAGGAGCGGGAGCGGCAGCCCCAGCCCGUCCAUAGGCCAAGCCUCCAACAGCAACUCCCCUAGCAACCACAGCGACUCGGCAAACACCUCCACCACCACGGCGGACAAGAAGAAGAAGAAACACAAGAAACACAAGAAACACAAAAAGCACAAGAAGCACAACAGCCAGGAGAAAGAGGGAGCCGAACACAAGGAGCACAAGCACAAACACAAGAAGAAGAAACACAAAAAGAACAAGGAUAAAGACGGAGAAGAAAAGGAAGACAAGGCGGAGAAAUCAGAGGAGGAGACACCUUGCUAACGGGGCUAAAUUAAAACCCUACUGGCUAAAAUCUGUAACCUUGUGUAUUAAUAAGGAGAAAAUGAUAAAUCUGCUACCAUUUUUAAGCCCCUCUUUUUGCCUGGGAUUAGAAAAACUCGGUCUCUGACUGUCUUUGACCUUGCAGGACUGUGAUGGAGGGGCCGCCUGGCUGUUAUUCUUUCGUACACUUACCGUUAUACUGCAGUUCUCCACAUCUACACGGUACUUUAGUUGUGCCUGAAUCGCAGCAGCAUUACGAGUGCUGCCGCCGAGGUCUCUUUAAUGUUCUUGAACAUCUUUUAGGCGACUCUGGGUCAGAAAAACGGAAAGAUGGAGUGCUGCUGCUGUUUUGUGCUGCACUAUUGUGAUCAGCCAGGAAAGACUUGAUGGUAAUAAUUGAUCUGCAUAGCAGUGAAUCUAAAUGAUAGGAAUAACAAAAAAAGCUGUACUCAGGGAUGUGAUUGCUUCUUCGUAGAGGAGAAAUUACUGUUUCUCUGCCUCUGAUUCAUUGUAAAUAGAGAUAAACUGUUCCUCCACAUCAUUUUCCCCCCUCAAUUUGUUUUGCCCCUCCCGUGUGCUGUUUAGAGGCUUAAAAAUGCGGAAUAACCUUCAUUGCUAUGAGGUCCAUUUGUAAGCUCUAUUUUUUUUUUUUUUUUCUGAAGGAUCUUACGAGAGGUUUUGCAUGUUAGAGCACAUUAACUACAGAUUGUGUGUACUUUUUAUUACUGCUAACCAUUUUCCACUUUGAUAAUCUCAUUUUGGUUUCAGGACAUGUCAGUAAUAGUUAAUAUUUUUAAAGUUGGUUUUUUUUUUGGUUAUAAAAUUGUGUUAUUUCAUGUAAAGACUUAAAAACUCAACAUUUAAGCAAACAUGGACACUGGGGGGGAAAAAAAGUCAUGUGAAUUUUGAAUGAAUGUGACGAACGCUCAGAUGGAUCACCUGUCUGCACAGUGGUGAAGUUACUACUAAGUCCUUUUUUUCAAAUUUAACACGAUAGGAAUCUGAAAUAUUAUGGAAUUUAUUUGGAGAUGAUCAGCAGUAAUUUAUUUGUGAUUAAUCGGCUUAAACUUGCAAAAUUAAAACAGUAUGAUCCUCAACGUUAAAGCAGACGUUUAUGCAUUCAUGCUACACUGGAUUGUAUUAUCUAGGAUGUGUUUAUUAAUAAUGACAAAUCAGUCUGCAUGUUUUUGUUCCCAAGGUGCAGUGGUUGUCUAUCACGGUCGGUUUGUGUGUGUGUGUUUGCCUGAGUGAAUGAAUGUGUGUCGGUGUGAAAGUGAAAUGUAACAGAAAUGAGACAAAUUCGUGGACUUGUGUUCUUACAGAUGAGUUGUUCCUUUUUUUUAAUUAAAAUGUUUUGACUUC